AACUGAAGGAUGAAGUGUUCCUUUGUGGGUUAGGGUUUUCUGCAAUAUGAAUACUUUUACUUUGAAUGCUUUUGAUAAUAUUAUCUUACAUACUGCAGGAAUUUAACAGGACGGUAUGUUCAUGUUUUAAUACAAUACUAUUUGUAUUCAGUGCUGCGUAACUUCAGUCAUUUUAAUCAGAUUUUCUGUAUAUUCAAUAUCAAAUCACUGGGUGGGGGUUCUGUUUCAUAUACGUGUUUUUAUUGGCAUGAAAGCACAUACACAUACCCUAAAAUACCCACACACACGGUUUCCCGCACCCCGCCCCCACCCAAACCAAACACAUCCAGCCUCACGCCGUCACCGUCGGGAGCUAAACAGGGAGGGAUCACCGGGAUCGGAACACUUCAGCCGCCGCUUGUGUCGACAUAUAUCACCUCCUGCGUUGACAAUUAUAUUUCUAACGGACAAAUCGUGAACAUACCGGGGGUGCUGGAUACCUGGAGGACGGCAUGGGAGAGCUCACGGCGUUUCUGCUGUUACUGGUGGCGACCUUGACGCUUUCAUCCGAGGUGCCUGCUGAUGACUCUGUGGGUUUGCUAACUGAGCCCCAGGUGGCUAUGUUCUGCGGGAAGCUCAACAUGCACAUCAAUGUGCAGAGUGGCAAAUGGGAGUCCGACCCCUCCGGCACCAAGAGCUGCAUCGGCACCAAGGAGGGCAUCCUGCAGUACUGCCAAGAGGUGUACCCAGAGUUGCAGAUCACAAAUGUUGUGGAGGCCAACCAGCCCAUCAGCAUCCAGAAUUGGUGCAAGAAAGGACGCAAGCAAUGCCGCAGUCACACUCACAUUGUGGUUCCAUACCGCUGCCUGGUUGGGGAGUUUGUGAGCGACGCCCUGCUCGUUCCUGACAAGUGUAAGUUCCUGCACCAGGAGCGUAUGGACCAGUGUGAGAGCCACCUGCACUGGCACACUGUAGCCAAAGAGUCCUGUGGAGACCGCUCCAUGAAUCUCCAUGACUACGGGAUGCUGUUGCCAUGUGGUAUCGACCGUUUCCGAGGGGUGGAGUUUGUCUGCUGUCCGGCGGAGGCGGAGCGAGAUUCAGACAGCUCGGAGCUGGAUGGGGAGGAGUCAGACGUCUGGUGGGGCGGAGCUGAGACCGAAUACUCUGAAAACAGUAUGACGCGCCCGGCAGGGACGGAGCCAGCCACCGCCGAGGACGAUGACGACGAGGACGACGAGGCAGAGACUUUUGAAAGGGAUGUGAACGGAGAUGGAGAUGGAGAUGAAGAUGAUGACGACGACGACGAGGAAGACGACGACGACGACGACGACGUAAUCGACGAACGGUAUAGCGAUGAACGCAAUGCUAACAUCGCCAUGACAACCACAACAACUACCACCACUGAAUCAGUUGAGGAAGUCGUUCGAGCCGUUUGUUGGGCUCGUGCUGAGUCAGGCCCGUGUCAUGCCCUGCUGGAGCGUUGGUACUUCCUGCCUGAGAAGGGCCGCUGUGUUCCCUUCUUGUUUGGGGGCUGUGGGGGCAACAGAAAUAACUUUGACUCGGAGGAGUACUGCCUAGCUGUCUGCAGCAGCUCGUUGCCCACCAUGGCCCCCAGUCCUCCAGACGCCGUGGAUCGGUACCUCGAAUCUCCCGGGGACGACAAUGAACACUCUGACUUCCAGAAGGCCAAGGAAAGCCUGGAGGCCAAACACCGUGAAAAGAUGUCCCAGGUGAUGAGGGAGUGGGAAGAGGCUGAGAGGCAGGCCAAGAGCCUUCCUCGUGCUGACAAGAAAGCUGUCAUCCAGCACUUCCAGGAGAAGGUGGAGGCUCUGGAGCGGGAGGCAGCAGGAGAGAGGCAGCAGCUGGUAGAAACCCACAUGGCCCGUGUGGAAGCUCUGCUCAACAGCCGCCGACGCCUGGCUCUGGAAAAUUACCUCAGUUCCCUGCAGGCCAACCCUCCACGGGGUCGUCAGGUGCUGAGCCUGCUGAAGAGGUACGUCCGUGCAGAGCAGAAGGACAGGCAGCACACGCUGAAACAUUACGAGCAUGUCCGCACGGUCGAUCCCAAGAAGGCUGCACAGAUCCGACCUCAGGUUUUGACCCACCUCCGUGUGAUUGAUGAGAGGAUGAAUCAGUCCGUCGGGCUGCUCUACAAAGUGCCCAGUGUUGCGAAUGAGAUCCAAAGCCAAGUCUCUGUUAUAAUGCAGAGAGUGCAGGCAGAGCUGUCUCAGCAAGUCUCUUCUCUGCAGAGCGAUGGGCGGGUGGACGGCAGGGUGAGUUACGGUAACGACGCUCUGAUGCCUGAUCAGGCCUACAGCUCUGCUCCUAUGGACCCUGGCCUGGACGGACUGGGCUUCAUCCAUCCUGAGAGCUUCAACCAGGCCAACACAGAGAACCACGUUGAGCCUGUUGAUGCUCGUCCAAUUCCAGAUAGAGGACUCCCCACACGACCUGUGUCUGCCCUGAAGCCAGAGGAGAUGCCACAAGUGCGGAUGGAGACUGACGAGAGGCAAAGUGCUGGUUAUGAAGUUUACCAUCAAAAACUGGUGUUUUUUGCUGAGGAUGUUGGGUCCAAUAAAGGGGCCAUUAUUGGACUUAUGGUUGGAGGGGUUGUCAUAGCAACCAUCAUCGUAAUCACCUUGGUGAUGCUGAGGAAGAAACAAUAUACUUCUAUUCACCACGGGGUAAUCGAGGUGGACGCAGCAGUGACACCAGAGGAGCGUCAUCUGGCCAAGAUGCAGCAGAACGGCUACGAGAAUCCCACCUACAAAUUCUUCGAGCAGAUGCAUAACUAAAGAACUGCUUAUUAACGUUUCCCCAAACUCUCACUUGUAGGGUCUGUUCCAUUCGGCUCCCUUGCCCUCAGCCCCUACAGCUUUUAGUCUCUCACUGUUAAAGGCAAAGUAAAGGUGUGAAGAGCUGCAAAGGCUGAUUUUUAUCUUGUUUGAAAGUUAGGAAAAGAUAAGUGAAGUCUUUGUACCAGUUUGUCUGUCAGGGGUUUGGGCCAAAGGAAAAUGACAUGGAACAGAGCCAUACUUCUAUUUACCUGUAACUGAUCAGACAAGGGUUCCCUGAUUCACCUGCACAUUUCAGCCAAUGACAACAAACACUUCAGUGUUUGCAGUGAAAAACCCUGUUGAUGAUUAUAUGAAGUCUGACAGCUGAGAGCAGAAACAUGUAAAUGCAAGUGGUAUAAUUUCCAGCCUCUCAUCGCUCCAACUGUUAGUUUCCUUUUCCUCUCCGAUGACAGCUGUGCUGUGUUUGAUGACAUAACAGCUCUUAGAGCUGGCAAUAGGCGAAGGCGCUCAGAGCGCCUCUCCGCACGAUUUAAAGCCCAACUGUUUCAGGUUUGUUUUUCUAAAAAGGAGGAAAAAAAAUCACAGAAAAAAUAUACAUAUCCAUAUCCAUAAUAUGUAAACGUUGAAGAAUAUUGAAUGUUUUUUGUUUUCUGAUUUUUUUUUAUGUGUAAUAUAUUAAGACAGAGAUUAGCUGUAAGUAUAUGUAGUGCAUGGCAAUAUUGAAGACAGAUGCAGUAUAGUAUGUUGAGGUCCUCGGGAGCGGUCCUCAUACUAGAUAUUUUAGCAGGAUUGUACAUUUCUAGUGUCUUCUUUGUGAUCUUGUGAUAUGAAGAAGAAGAGAAGUAUUCAGAACCCGGUCUGCUUUGUCGUCACAAGACUUGCUUUAACUGAAUCUUGGCUCUUUACACUCAUCCCCAUGCUUCACUGUUGUUAGCUGCAUGGGCAAAAUGCUCUACAUGUAAUAUAUGAAGUGUAAUAGUAUCCGAAAGGAAGACAAUUUUGUUACUGUUUGCGUUCUAUGCACUCUGUCAUUUUGGAAGUCUGAUUACCACCAAAUAUUAUUACUGUUAAGUCCCUGAUGCCAAUUCACGCCGACACUGCACAUUGGGUUUUUAAUAGCAGGCCGAUAUCAAACUUUGGAAAGAGGUUUUCUAAAAAUGUAUCAUUCCACUCUCUCGAUUUAUAUUUUCAGAAGAUGGAUAUCAGCUCUCUGUCCCAGUUUCAUUAUCAAGCUCCAUCUCUCAAGUCCUUCCCCCUUCAUGUGUUCCUUCAGUCUUUCUUUCUAACUCCCAUUUGUCCUGUUUAUCCUCUUUCUAGCUGUCAGCAAUUUUGUACAGCGCAGCACUUGUGGAGUAUUCGCUACAAAGACGGGUUGUUGUUGGGCCAACAGAUCAAACAUUUUCUCCUCUUCACACACAUUCCUUCAACAAAUCUCACACUUUCUAUUUUUCUACAUUUCCUGUGUAUACAUGUACAGUGCUUCGGUUCGUCCUGUGGUGAAUAUUUCUUUGCCUGCAUAUCUGUUGUCACUUAACAGUCCUCAUGAAGAGGUGAAGAACAUCAGCACUGGGAGGACGACCACAAGUCGCAUCAGCAUAGACACAUUUCCCCCUCCCUUAAUUAAGUUAUUAACGCCACCUCCACCAAACAUGAAUGUGACAUGAAUAUUGUGCUUUUUAUACCAUAGAAAUACAACACGUAUCACUGCUCUAUAUAUACACCCACACGUGUACAGAAACUUACUGAAGCCCUUAAUCAGGUGACUGUGAACAUUUGUAUUGAUGCUCAUUCUGGGUGUCUUUGGAGAAUCGUGUAAAAAAAACAAAAAACAGAUGCUUUAUUUCCCCUCAUUGAUUCAAUGACCUUCCUGUGUGUAGUUAAAUGGACCAUUUGCUUAAGAGUAAGAAAAAGCUUUCUACACUCCAUAUACCAUGAAUAAAAUUUUGAAUGUACAUAA